AUGCGUUUCCCUCCCCCGCCACGAAGUGAUAUAGUUUGGAAUGGGCUCGCCGCGCUGACAACUGUCAAUGGGCAUGUCCAAUGCACCUGGACCCAUGAGACAGGCACAUGGUCAGAGCCAAAAUUUAUUCCAGAUCCAUACCUUCGUGUUCAUGGAUUAGCACCUGUUUUCAACUAUGGCCAAGAGGCUUACGAAGGACUUAAGGCUUUUCGCACUCCUGACGACAAGGAGAUCAACAUCGUAAGACCUAAUUUUCAUGCUAUCCGAAUGCAGCACUCCGCUUCAUUGGUCUCUAUCCCAGCGGUUCCUGAGGACCUUUUCAUGCGCUCUGUGCACCUCGCAGUAGCAAAGAACGCAGAAUUCGUACCGCCAAAUGGUGUCGAUGGAAUGUUGUAUAUCCGGCCUAUUGUUUUCGGUUCCGGGCCUCGUAUCUUGCUCAGCCCGACUGAUGAAUACACUUUCUGUGUCUACGUUACCCCCGCGGCUGCUUAUCAUGGUAUUCAACCACUUGAUGCUUUGAUAUUGGAAGAUUUUGACCGAGCUGCUCCUCGAGGUACUGGCUCAGGUAAGGUUGGGGGCAAUUACGCUCCGGUGAUGAAGUGGGCCGACAAAGCCAAGAGUCAAGGUUAUGCCCUCACACUGCAUCUUGAUAGCCAAACAAGAAGCGAGAUUGAUGAAUUUUCGACGUCAGGCUUUAUUGGCGUCAAGACAGAGGGUGAGAAAACCGUUAUUGUGGUACCCAAUAGCGCAAGUGCUAUCAGCAGCGCCACAUGUGAUAGCAUUCAACAGCUGGCCCUGUCGUUUGAUUGGCAAGUAGAGCGUCGGCCUGUCAAAUAUGAGGAACUAUCUGAAUUUUCAGAGGUCUUAGCUUGCGGAACUGCUGUAACCGUGGUUCCUGUCAAGUCUAUUACUAGGGAAACUACAAAUGAGAAGUUUGUCUAUCAGAAUGGAGUUGCAGAACCCGGACCCGUAGCAUCCAAGAUCGCCAAGGCUGUGGAAGACAUUCAAAAAGGCAGGAUCGAAGAUAAAUUCAACUGGCUCACAAGAGUCACUGCUGUGUAA